AUGCAUUACCUCCUUGCUCCCAACGACGCAGACAAGGUAGAUGAGCUUGGCCACCACCUUGACACCGACAGGCUUCUUCUCGCAGCAGGCGACUGGUCAUGCACUCUCCACAACGAGAUAUACGUCUACGAUAACGGCGACUGGAUCAAAGACCCCCUUCUGUGGCAGAGCGUGCAAGGUGCCUCUUGGGACGAUGUGAUUCUAGAGUCGGCCAUGAAAGACGCCUUGAUGAGAGACGUUAUUGGUUUCUUCGACACGAGAGAUGUCUACCAAGACCUCGGGCUCAUGUGGAAGAGGGGCAUCAUCCUCCACGGCCUUCCUGGUAACGGAAAGACCGCCUCCAUCAAGGCGCUCAUCAACUCCCUCGAGGCCAGAGGCAAAGAAGACGGCUCUAAGAGAAUUCCAAGCCUGUACGUCAAAGCCUUUGACAGCUCCAUGGGCGGAAAGUGGUCCAUUCGGUACAUUUUCGAGCACGCCAGGAAGAUGGCUCCCUGCGUUCUCAUCUUUGAGGAUUUGGACUCGUUGGUGUUAGAUGAGUACAGAAGCUACUUCCUGAACGAGGUUGAUGGACUCGAGUCCAACGAGGGCAUCCUCAUGAUUGGAAGUACGAACCAUUUGUCCAAGCUCGAUCCUGCGAUUGCAAAGAGACCUAGCCGCUUCGACAGGAAGUACCACUUCAAGCUGCCCAACGAGGAGACGAGGAAGAGAUAUGCAGAGUACUGGAGGAAGAAGCUGGAGAGCAAGCCGAUCGUGGCAGACAAGUUUGAGGAAGAAAUUACCUAUCUUGUCGCCCAGUUGACGGACGGAUUCAGCUUCGCAUACAUCAGAGAGCUGUUCGUGUCGUCGCUUCUGGCGCUUGUGCGCGGCUUCAAUCCUGACGUUGUGGAGGAGGAUCCCAAGGAAGACGAUGCUGGUGAUGAGAGCUCCUCGACCGCCGGUGACGGCGUAAUUGUUGAGAAACCCGCAAUCGUGGGAGAGGGCAAUGCCGGGGUGGAAAAUACCGAGGAGCAGGAGAAGACUGGCGAAAAGACUAAAAAGUCCAAGCCCAAGCGGGUGUUCCCUGUGCUAGAUAUUCCCGAGUAUCUCCAGGACAACCUGCUGCUCAAGAUCAUCAUAUCCCAAGCAAAGAUCCUUUUUGAGGAGAUGGGCCGUGACGAUGAUGAACAGAAAGAGAAGGAAGGGAACGGUGAUCGCGCCAUUCGGAGGAUCCGAGUGAAGCGUGGUUACCGGCGCCACGGAUGCAACUGGUAA